AUGUCCCUUCAGCAACUGGGACUCACGCCGCAGUACCGGUAUGUGUGCAGGAGGGAGGGCGACGCUGCAGCAGUAGGGAGAGUGGAGUCUCCAGCAGAGCAGAGUGACCCUGUGGCUCGUCUGCACGACAUGUCCCUUCAGCAACUAGGACUCACGCCGCAGUACCGGUAUGUGUGCGGGAGGGAGGGCGACGCUGCAGCAGUAGGGAGAGUGGAGUCUCCAGAGCAGAGUGACCUUGUGGCUCGUCUGCACGACAUGUCCCUUCAGCAACUGGGACUCACGCCGCAGUACCGGGAGGGCAACGCUGCAGCAGUAGGGAGAGUGGAGUCUCCAGCAGAGCAGAGUGACCCUGUGGCUCGUCUGCACGACAUGUCCCUUCAGCAACUGGGACUCACGCCGCAGUACCGGUAUGUGUGCGGGAGGGAGGGCGACGCUGCAGCAGUAGGGAGAGUGGAGUCUCCAGCAGAGCAGAGUGACCCUGUGGCUCGUCUGCACGACAUGUCCCUUCAGCAACUGGGACUCACGCCACAGUACCGGUAUGUGUGCAGGAGGGAGGGCGACGCUGCAACAGUAGGGAAAGUGGAGACUCCAGCAGAGCAGAGUGACCCUGUGGCUCGUCUGCACGACAUGUCCCUUCAGCAACUGGGACUCACGCCGCAGUACCGGCACACAGGGACGGACAAUACGGGGACAGCCCACGUGACAGAGAGAGUGCGAGUGUAUGCAGCAGGGAGGAGGAUGGGCACGGGCAUGGGGCCGACACUGGCAGAGGCGAAGAGAGACGGAGCAGCCAAGGCACUGCUCGCAUGGGGUAAGGUGUUUGGCGAGGAGGGGGGGAGUGAGGGAGCAGGACGCGAGGUGGGUGAGAAUGCUGAGGAAAGGAUCAAUUAA